AUGUCAGAUGCUUUAAUCGAGAAGAUUAAGGAGCUAGAAGAUGAGCUUGAGAAGCUCAGGUCCCAGCUGGGGCAAACCACCAGAGCUGGAGAGGAUUUGGGAAUGAUGUCCUGUUCACCUCUCAGUGAAAGCCCAGACUGCACCAUGUCUGACAGGAGCAGCAGGAAGAGGUCAGGAAAGCAGCGCCCCUUUGACUUCAGCUCCCAUCCCCGGCGCCAUGUGGCCCUGAAGCUGGCUUACCUGGGCUGGUCCUACCAGGGCUUUGCUGUUCAGGAGAACACAGACAACACAGUGGAAGCCAGGCUGUUUGAAGCGCUGCUGAAGACACGGCUGAUCCAGGACAGACAGAGCUCCAACUAUCAUCGCUGUGGACGAACUGAUAAAGGAGUCAGUGCUUUUUCUCAGGUUAUAACCAUUGACCUGCGAUCCACCCAGUUUUGCGGAGGACUCGGUGUCAGUCUCCCUGAGAGUCUCGAUCUCACUGCCAAAUCCAAGGAAUCGACCUCUGAGCUUCCAUAUGUGAAAAUGUUGAACAGAGUUCUGCCACAGGACAUACAGAUCUUUGACUGGGCCCCCACAGAGCAAGGUUUCAGUGCGCGCUUCGACUGCCAGUCCCGCACGUACCGGUACUACUUUCCCCGAGGGUUCUUAGAUGUAGAGCUGAUGGCAAACGCUGCAAAAAAAUAUGAGGGGACUCAUGACUUUCGCAACCUGUGCAAGAUGGAUGUGGGAAACGGUGUCCUGCAGUUUGAGAGGACCAUCCUGUCAGCAUCAGUCAGGCCUGCACACCCCCGGGUGGUUUCCAGUACAGAUCAGCAUGAGGUGUUUGUGUUUGAGGUCAAAGGUUUAGCCUUCCUCUACCAUCAGGUACGUUGUAUGAUGGCAGUGCUGCUUUUGAUUGGACAGAAGCUGGAGGCUCCAGAGAUCAUUGAUGAACUCCUGGAUGUUAAGAAUAACCCCAGAAAGCCUCAGUACAGCAUGGCAGUGGACUAUCCUCUGGUGCUGUACGACUGCCACUUUGAAGGUUUAAGCUGGCAGCAGGAGACUGAGGAGGUUAAUCACGUUCUGUCGUCACUGCAGCGACACUGGACGCAGAGUGCAGUCAAAGCCCACCUUCUGCUCGGGAUGAUCCAGGGUUUGGAGGAGAGAGGUGGUGUUUCUUCCGACCAUUGCUGGCUGCUGGAAGGCAGCAGGCAGAAAAAUUACCGGCCGUUGAUGCAGCGUCCAUGCUGCGAGAGCCUGGAGUCCAGGAUAAACCACUUUGUUAAAAGAGGAAGGCUGGAGCGAGAGGAGGGGGAGAACGGAGAUGAAACGAUUUACAGAGGGAAGAAAUCCAAAAAUUCCUACGAUGCGCGCCCUCCAUCUGUUUCCUCUGAGAUCCCAAAACAAAGCUUCGAUCAGAAAGAGGAGGAUUAAUUUCUGUUUUGGACCAUAACUGACUUGGAGGAUUUUGAUUUUGUUGCUUUUAAGAAGACAAAAAAAGUAAAAGGAUUUAAUUUAAGGAAAAAUAUUUAUUUUUUUCAUUUAUUUUAAUACUUUUGUUUGUGAACUUUUUUUUUCUAAUUAAGCAUACUGUUUAGAUAAAUAUUCUCAGUUUUCUCCAGAUUUACGAGUAGCAGUAUGCAACUCAGUGUUUCUUUUUAUUUUAUUCUAACAAAUGAAAUCAGCAUUUGAAAGCUUUUUUGUCAUUGUGUGUUUUUUAUAUAUGAGAUUAUCUUUAUCUCAUAGAAAACUAUAUUUGAUAUUCCGGAAAUCACUACAGAUACACGAUCUUUUUAUAGCAGCCUACAUCCUUAUUUCAUGCCAAGGGUAUUUUUCAGGUGUUCAGCAGUUGAAAGGAACAGAUCCUAAGCAAAUUAGAAAUAGUCGAAAGAGGAUUAAUCUGCGUAGUAAUUGAAGUGUUAUUCUAAUUAUGUAAAAUUAAUAAAAAAAAAAUCAAAUGGUAAGAAAUGUAAUGUUUUGGUUUUUUUUUAUUGGAUUAUUUUACAAUAGUCAGUAUUCAUCUUAAUUUUUGUAUUUCUAUUUUAAUCUGCAAGCCCUUCAAAUUAAAAUACAGAGAAGGUGUUUGA